GAAUAAAGUAGACAUAUUUUAUUUUACAUUGUGUAACUUUGAGCGAGACCUCCCGAAAACAAUAAAAGUUUUCCCUAUAUAUGGAAGCAAAUCACUUCAAUUUAGAAUAAAACAAAACAAAACACACAGCUAAAAAUGGAGGGAAACAAGCAGAUUGUAUUAAAAGACUACGUGAAGGGUUUGAUAAAGGAAUCAGAUUUGAUUCUGAAAACCUCAGAAAUCAAACGGGAUAUUCCCAAUGGUGCCUUUUUGGUGAAGAAUCUCUAUUUAUCUUGCGAUCCUUACAUGCGAUCUCGCAUGGUGAAGAUGGAGUGCAGUUACAUUGACUCUUUUACCCCCGGUGAGGUUAUUGAGGGGUAUGGAGUUGCCAAGGUAGUGGAUUCUUCGAAUCAAAAAUUCAAGAAAGGUGAUUUGAUUUGUGGCAUGACGGGUUGGGAGGAAUACUCUAUCAUCAAAUCUACUGAGACUAUAUUCAAGAUCCCUUCUAUGGAUGUGCCUCUCUCCUACUACACUGGAAUUCUUGGUUUGGCCGGUCUGACUGCAUAUGUUGGAUUUUACGAGAUUUGCUCUCCGAAAAAGGGUGAAAUCGUCUUUAUAUCAGCUGCAUCAGGAGCUGUAGGUCAGCUUGUUGGCCAAUUUGCUAAGCUAUUUGGGUGUUAUGUCGUUGGAAGCGCAGGAUCACAACAUAAGGUUGAUUUUUUGAAGAACAAACUGGGGUUUGAUGAUGCAUUCAACUACAAAGAAGAAUCUGACCAGAAUGAAGCCAUAAAGAGGUACUUCCCCGAAGGGAUCGACAUAUAUAUCGAAAACGUAGGAGGCAAAAUGCUCGAUGCGGUGAUCCCGAACAUGAGACCCUCCGGCCGCAUCACCGCCUGCGAGAUGAUUUCGCAGUAUGACGUGGAGGAGACAGACGCGACACACAACUUGAUGUCUGCGAUCAUAAAGAAAAUCCGAAUGCAAGGAUUCGUCGUCUUCGACUACUUCAACCUCUACCCUAACUACUUGGAGAUGGUGUUGCCUCUGAUUAAGCAAGGCAAAUUGGCAUAUGUUGAAGACAUUGUUGAAGGACUUGAGGCUGCACCAGCUGCUUUGGUUGGACUCUUUUCUGGUCGCAAUGUGGGAAAGCAAGUUGUUCUUGUGGCUCGUGAUUGAUCAAUUUGGGCCUUUCGAUCUUGAUUUAAUGGAAGGUGAGGAUUGAUUUGUGUAUUAAUGUAUAUCUAAAAUAAUUUGUGUAAGCUUCAAUAAAGAAUUACUGUUUUUAUACAUGUAAUACCACUGAAUAGUUCGAAUUUGGAUCCCAUGUUGUGCAUUCAGUCACAACAGGGGAUGUUGUUAGAUACACAAUAAUAAUAUUAUUCUUAAAUUAUAAUAUUAAUAUUUUCAUGUUGAAA